AUGCUAUGCUAGUUUUGGGAGGUAAUAGCAGAGGAGCAUAUGAUUGACAGCAAAGGACRUUUCCAUGGUGAUGAUCCAAUGAAGUUAGACAAAGUGAACGUCUACUUUGAUGAAAAAUACGAUGGGCGUUACGUUCCACGUGCUGCUUGCGUUGACCUCGAACCAGGCUCCAUCGACUCGUUGAGAUCAUCACGGUAUGGUGAACUCUUCAGCCCUGAGACCUGCAUCACUGGUCAAAACAGUGCAUCAAACAACUGGGCCAAGGGGUUUUACACCGAGGGCUCAGAACUCCUCGAAUCGACCAUGGACUGUGUACGAAAACUGGCCGAAUACUGCGACUCGGUUCAAGGCUUCCAGCUAGCCCACUCAUUAGGAGGAGGGACUGGCUCUGGUUUAGGAUCGCUGCUGAUAUCGAAAAUCCGCGAGGAGUACCCAGAUAGACUGAUGUCGAGUUUUAGCAUCUUUCCAUCKCCCAAGGUGUCUGAUACUGURACAGAGCCGUACAAUGCUACGUUGAGYUUUCAUCAUCUCAUCGACAUCGCCGAUGCGUCCUUCUGCAUCGACAAUGAAGCAUUGUACAACAUAUGYUACAAUGUGCUGAAGAACAGUUCACCGACUUACAACGAUUUGAACCGAUUUGUAGCGACAACGAUGAGUGGUAUUACGACGUCGUUACGAUUUCCUGGUCAGCUUAAUGCUGAUAUCCGUAAGCUUGCGGUCAACAUGGUUCCAUUCCCUCGCCUCCAUUUCUUCAUUCCCGCGCAYGCCCCGUUAGUUCGAAAAAGGUCUGAGGACUACAGAGCUCAUGACGUCACUGAACUCACCAACGACAUGUUCAGCUCGCAUGGAAUGAUGGUAGACUGCGAUCCAAAACGAGGAAAAUACCUGACAGUCGCCGCCAUGUUUAGAGGACAACUGUCCAUGCGAGAUGUAGAAGAAAAGAUAUCACAAAUGCAGGAUGUACACUCAUCUACGUUCGUUGAAUGGAUCCCCAACAACAUGAAGACGGCUGUUUGCAAUGUGCCUCCAAAAGGGCUGACGUCGUCUGCKACGUUUUUAUAUAAUAGCACUGCCAUACAAGAAGGCUUUAGAAGGUUCACGGAACAAUUCGCCGCCAUGUUCAGACGGCGGGCUUUUCUUCACUGGUAUACUGCAGAAGGCAUGGACGUCAUGGAAUUUACUGAGGCUGACUCAAAUCURAAYGACCUGAUAUGCGAGUACCARCAGCACCAGGAAGUUUCASCMAACACUGACUUUUACGAAGAAGAAGAGACMGAAGAUUUCCAGGAAGAAAUUGAGYCUUAGWAAUUCCCUUCUCCUAUCGCUGCCUCAAUUAUAUGCAUGAUGGCUGCAGAUCGAUGUCACCGACAAGAAGUGACAAAAAAACCCGCUCACAUAUUUAUCAUAAUGUCGAAGACAUUUGAAGAACGAAAACACGACCCGCAAACGCAUUCUUCACAAGGCUCGUURCAAUUGUCCCAAUAUUUCACACAGACAUGGUAUUAUUAUGAUGGAUAAAUCAAGAAUGUCUAUCAGGCAGAGCAAGCUAAGCGUCAACACAUAUAGUAUUACARAGAAAAGAAAUGAAGAAAGAAGCACAGAGAUAUUUGUUAACUUUCUAUACAACUUCUUUCCUUCUUUGAAUUGACAACUAUUGGAGACCACUCGCAAUAACUAUUGAUAACUGAAGUCAUUUUAUUAUCUGAAUUGUUUUAUUUAUUUUUCAGUCCCCCCAGAGUUUAUCAUUACAAUAAUUACUCUUUAUCACURAUGUCAAUCAAAAACACUGCGCAUGCUCAAAUCACAUUCUCUAUGAAAGACCGUGAAUAAAGACAUCAACACAGACUCGUCCCA